CCUUCCUCACAGGUCUUCUAGCCGGCCUCACCAUGUUCAGCAAGAAGAAGAAACGCAUCGAGAUCUCUGCUCCCUCCAACUUCGAGCACCGUGUCCACACCGGCUACGACCAGCAAGAGCAGAAAUUCACAGGCCUGCCGCGGCAAUGGCAGGGCAUCAUCGAGGAGUCAGCCAAGCGCCCCAAGCCGCUGGUGGACCCCGUCUGCAUCACCGCCAUCCAGCACGGCUCGCAGAAGCACCGGCCAGGACGACCGCAGGAGGUGGCAUCCAACGGGCCGGUGAGCGGCGGUUCCGGCUCCUCCCGAGCCCACCCGCCCGGCCCGCCGCGCUCCAAAAACCCCGAGCCGCCCCAUCCCGGCCUCACCCCACACGCCUCAGACCCCCACCUUGCUCGCCAGCCGCCCUCCGGCCCUCUGCCGCCCCCGGCGGGGCCGCAGCAGCCCCGCUCGCCCCAACGUGAGCCCCAGCGCGUCUCCCACGAGCAAUUUCGGGCGGCCCUGCAGAUGGUGGUGGAUCCCGGAGACCCUCGCACCUACCUGGACAACUUCAUCAAGAUCGGUGAGGGCUCCACCGGCAUCGUCUGUAUUGCCACCAUCAAGAGCACCGGCAAGCUGGUGGCCGUGAAGAAGAUGGACCUGCGCAAGCAGCAGCGGCGCGAGCUGCUCUUUAACGAGGUGGUGAUCAUGCGGGACUACCAGCACGAGAACGUGGUGGAGAUGUACAACAGCUACCUGGUGGGCGAUGAGCUCUGGGUGGUGAUGGAGUUCCUGGAGGGCGGUGCCUUGACCGACAUUGUCACGCACACCAGGAUGAACGAGGAGCAGAUCGCGGCCGUCUGCUUGGCCGUCCUGAAGGCCCUCUCCGUCCUCCACGCGCAGGGCGUCAUCCACCGCGACAUCAAGAGCGACUCCAUCCUCCUCACGCACGACGGCAGGGUGAAACUCUCCGAUUUCGGGUUUUGUGCCCAAGUGAACAAGGAGGUGCCGCGACGGAAGUCGCUGGUGGGGACCCCGUACUGGAUGGCGCCGGAGCUCAUCUCCCGCCUGCCCUACGGCCCGGAGGUGGAUAUCUGGUCCCUGGGCGUGAUGGUUAUCGAGAUGGUCGACGGGGAGCCGCCCUAUUUUAACGAGCCGCCGCUAAAGGCCAUGAAAAUGAUCCGAGACAAUCUGCCCCCCAAGCUUAAAAACGUGCACAAGGUUUCGCCCUCCCUCAAAGGCUUCCUCGACCGCAUGCUGGUGCGGGACCCGGUGCAGCGGGCCACCGCCAACGAACUCUUGAAGCACCCCUUCCUGGGCAAAGCGGGGCCCCCCUCCUGCAUCGUCCCCCUCAUGCGCCAAAACCGCAUGCGGUGAGGAGCCGGCGAUGCCGGCGGCCGCCCCGGCGCCCUCCUCGCCCUCACCGUCGCCUCUUAACUGGAUUCGUGACUGUGCCACUACUGUCGGGGCG